AUGCUCUCAGGCGUCUCCAUGGCCUCGCGCGCCGGCGCUCGCCACGUUGUUCGACGAUCCGCCUCGAUUCUCCCUUCGCUGGGCCCGAUCCGAUGCCUCGCCGGCCGACAGAACAGCCUCCCCACUGCUGGUUUGGCUAUGAGCCAGCGACGACUUUAUGCCAUCGCGACGAAUCCCAAUCCCAACCCUCCCCUCGGCAAGAAGAAUGCGGCAAACGAAACACCGUCUCGAAUUGGCUUGAUUGGAGCCCGAGGCUACACCGGCCAAGCUCUGAUUGAGCUCUUGAACGAGCACCCUAACAUGGAUCUUCAACAUGUGUCGUCUCGAGAGCUUGCAGGCCAGGAACUCAAGGAAUAUACCAAACGCAAGAUCGUCUACGAAACCUUGUCGCCCGAGGAUGUUGCUCAGCUGGACAAGGACGGCAAGGUGGAUUGCUGGAUUAUGGCUCUUCCCAAUGGCGUUUGCAAGCCUUACGUUGAGGCCCUGGAUCAAGGCAAUAGCAAAAGCCUCAUUGUUGAUCUCUCGGCCGACUUUCGUUUCGAUGACAAGUGGACGUAUGGCCUCCCGGAACUUGUAAAACGUUCCGACAUUGCACAGUCCAGACGCAUCGCGAAUCCCGGGUGCUACGCGACUGGUGCUCAGAUAGGUCUCAGCGGCGCCCUAGACUUAAUCGAGGGUACGCCCGUCAUCUUUGGCCUCUCAGGCUACUCUGGAGCAGGAUCCAAGCCAAAUGCGAGGAACAAUGUGGAAGUGCUUAAAAACGCGAUUAUACCUUACUCAUUAACAUCGCAUAUCCACGAACGCGAGAUAUCUCACCGACUAAACCAUCAGGUUUCCUUUAUGCCCCACGUGGCUGGAUGGUUCAGGGGCAUCACGUUGACUAUCAACAUUCCUCUCCGUAAGGAAGUGACUUCUCGAGAAAUCACCCAGAUGUACCAAGACCGCUACGCCGGGGAGAAACUCAUCAAGGUUGUGGGGGAAGCACCAUUGGUGAGCGCGAUUAUGGGACGCCAUGGAGUAGAGAUCGGAGGCUUCUCCGUCGACCCCUCUGGAAAGCGUCUAGUUUGUGUGGCAACGAUCGAUAACCUCGCGAAGGGUGCCGCCACCCAGUGUUUGCAAAACAUGAACCUCGCCCUUGGCUAUGCAGAGUAUGAGGGAAUUCCUGUCAUGUGA